AUGGCUGCUCCGAUAAUCCUGACCCUACUGUCCUAUCUCCUGGGAUCGAUUCCCGCCGGUUUCCUGGUGGGAUCGUCCGCCGGGGUGGACGUGCGCAGCGCCGGCAGCGGCAACAUCGGCGCCACCAACGUGGCGCGGACGCUGGGCUGGAAGAAGGGCCUCGUCACCCUGUUCGCCGAUGUCGCCAAGGGUUUCCUGCCGGUGUUGGCGGCUCAUCUGCUGGACCUCGGCAAUGCCGCUGCCGCUGCCGCCGGUCUGGCCGCCUUCGCCGGCCAUCUCUAUCCCGUAUUUCUGCGGUUCAAGGGCGGCAAGGGUGUCGCCACCGCCGCCGGCGUCUAUCUCGCCGCCAUGCCCCUGGGGAUCCUGGUGGUGGUGGGAGUGUUCGUGCUGGUGAUGCUGGCAGCCCGGCGGGUAUCACUGGCUUCCCUGUCGGCGGCUGUGCUGGCUCCAGUGGUGGCGUGGGCGCUUUCCUAUCCCGAGGAAGUGGCUUGGAUGAGCCUGGUCAUCGGUAUCCUGGUGGUGCUCCGCCACAGGGACAACAUCCGCCGUCUGAUGGCAGGGGAAGAGCCCCGGUUCAAUCUGCGCCGCUAG